UAUGCUCUUUCCUGUUCAUAAACAUUACUUUGUUUUCUUCACCGCUCCCAACUCUGUAAAAUGGUUUGUAGAUUCUCGCUUUGCUUGCUGCUUCUUUCUUCUCAGACUCUUCUUGCAUUUGCACUCACAGACAGUGGUGAUGUUGCUGCUCUAAACGCGAUCAAAGCUAGCUGGAAAAACCUUCCCCCAAACUGGAAGGGUGCAGAUCCUUGUGGCAACAAUUGGGAUGGUAUUAACUGCACGAAUACACGUGUGACCUCCAUAAUGUUGGCAGGACAGCUUUUGGAAGGUAGCACCUUCAGUGACAUAUCAUCAUUGACUGCAUUAGUCGAAUUGGAUCUCUCAAAUAACAUUGGUCUCAAGGCGAUUCUUCCGCCUUCUAUACAGAACUUGAAGAAUCUUACCACUUUGAUAUUGAUUGGUUGCAGCUUCUUCGGUCCCAUUCCAGAUUCAAUAGGCUCCCUCCCACGCCUCGUAUAUCUAUCCUUGAACUCUAACAGCUUCACUGGUACGAUUCCGGCUUCCAUUGGCAACCUAUCGAAUCUGUCGUGGCUGGAUCUCGGUAUGAACAAGCUUAACGGCACCAUUCCCGUCUCUAGUGAUACUGCACCUGCUGGUUUGGAUAAGCUACUUGUUGCUAAGCACUUCCAUUUAUCGAAUAAUCAGCUGUUCGGAGAAAUCCCUGAAAAGUUGUUCAGACCAGAUAUGACCUUCAUACAUGCGAUAUUUGACAACAACAAAUUCACCGGGACUAUACCCUCGUCUAUUGGAACUGUUCAGUCAUUGGAGGUCAUACGGUUCGACUGGAAUUCUCUCGAAGGACCUCUCCCUCCGAGUAUCAGUAACCUUACAAAACUACAGGAGCUGUACUUGUCUAAUAAUAAUUUCAACGGAAACAUCCCUGACCUCACAGGCUUGGACCUCCUAUUCUAUGUGGACAUGAGCAAUAAUAGCUUUAAUGCAUCACAAGUACCCGAAUGGUUCUCGAGUCUCCAGUCUUUGACAACAUUGAGGAUGGAGAAUACAAAGCUUCAAGGACCAAUUCCGGUUGACAUGUUCAGCCUUCCUCAGUUGGAGACUGUGAAGCUUGGCAACAAUAAUUUGACCGGAAGCUUAAAUAUCGGAAAUAGCUACAGCAGCAACUUGACAGUUGAUUUACAGAACAACUCAGUCACCGAAUUCCAGCAACAAGCAAAUUACACAUUGGAUAUAACACUUGCUGACAACCCAAUUUGCAAUGGAAAUGGAGCAACGAAGGCAUUUUGUUCAGUUCCGAAGGUUGACAAUAGUCCGUUACCACCAAGUCAAUGUGGAGCAGUUUCCUGUGGUAGAGAUGAAGUAUUGAGUCCAAAUUGUCAAUGCUCACAUCCCUACACUGGAAUCUUGCACUUCUUUUCCUUUUCCUUCUCCGACUUACAAAAUUUUACAUACUACAACAUUCUUCAUGGGACUCUGAUGACUCAGUUUCGCUCCCGUGGGAUUCCAGUUGAUUCCCUCAACCUCACCAAUCCAACUAUAAACAUGUAUUCUUACCUAGAGAUCACAUUGCAUGUGUUUCCUUCGGGCAAAGAUGUGUUUGAUCGAACCUCAGUUUCUGCGAUAGGUUUUGUACUCAACCGCCAACCAUUCCCCGUUGAUUAUUUCGGGCCAUUCUUCUUCAUUGAUGAACAAUACUGUUGUCUCCCUGGACCGAAAAAGUCAUCAAACGUUGGUAUCAUCGUGGGGGUAGCAAUUGGUUGUUCAUUUCUGGUGCUGUUGAUUUUCUUGGCUGGAAUGUAUGCUUUACGUCAGAAGAGAAGGGCAAAAGAAGCUACCGAUAAGAGCAAUCCGUUUGCUUCUUGGGACCCUGAGAAAGAGAGUGGUGCAGUUCCACAACUUCAAGGAGCAAAGUGGUUCUCCUUCGAAGAUCUAAGAAAAUGCACUGACAACUUCUCCGAAUCCAACUGUGUUGGCUCUGGAGGAUAUGGAAAGGUGUACAAGGGAAGCGUUGGUUCCGAGCAAGUAGUAGCUAUAAAGCGAGCUCAGCAGGGAUCAAUGCAGGGGGCAGCUGAGUUCAAAACUGAGAUUGAGUUGAUGUCGAGGAUUCAUCACAAGAACGUGGUCGGCCUCGUUGGAUUCUGCUAUGAGCAAGGAGAGCAGAUGUUGGUUUAUGAGUUUAUAUCUAACGGCACCCUUAGAGACUGUAUCACGGGGAAGUCGGGAUUUCGGUUGGACUGGAGCAAGAGACUGAGAAUAGCCCUUGAUGCUGCACGAGGCCUGUCGUAUCUGCACGAACUUGCUAAUCCUCCAAUCAUACACAGGGACGUGAAAUCGACUAAUAUCUUGCUGGACGAAAAUUUAAACGCGAAGGUUGCUGAUUUCGGGCUAUCUAAACUCUUGGGCGACACUGGAAAGGGCUAUGUCACUACACAAGUCAAAGGCACAUUGGGCUACAUGGAUCCUGAGUAUUACAUGACCCAACAGCUAACUGACAAGAGCGAUGUAUACAGCUUUGGAGUAGUACUGCUGGAGCUGGUGACAGCGAGAGCCCCCAUACAGAGCGGGAAGCACAUCGUGAGACUGGUUCACGAGGCUAUGGGGGACUCGAAAGAUCCUCAGAGUCUUGAUGGGGUGAUUGAUCCAACGUUGGGGUCAGCAUCGAAACUGAGUGGGAUUUGGAGGUUCGUUGAGCUGGCAAUGAGCUGCGUGAGUGAGGCGGCUGCUGAGAGGCCGUCGAUGGGGGAAGUGGUGAGAGAGAUCGAGAACAUUAUGGAGAAGGCAGGGCCACCAAACAAACAAAUGCAUCAUCACACAUUUGUGGAAACAACGGAUGACGAGAGUCCUCUCCGUUCUUAUGGCGGUGCUGAGACUGAGAGUGAGGGGUUCGAUGUCAGCUAUGGCUCGUUCCCUUUCAACGUGCGCCGUCAAUAACCGUUGCCCAAAAUUUGGACACCCUUUUUCCCUCCAAAUUUUUACCAUAUAGAUAUGUUUUCAUGGUGGUGGUGCUAGACUAGCUUACUUCUUUUGAUGAUUAUUUACACUUAAUGACACUGGAAAGAACAGAUUUUUGGAAUGCAUGUGUUUGUAUAGUAUGAAUUUUUGAAAGAACAGGUUGUUACUUGUUACUAUGAAUUUUUGUUUGCACUUGCAGUAAAAUUUAUUCGACCCGAGUUUUAAUU